AUUUGUUCAUCACAUCAUGUUGAAGCUUCAAAAUGUCGUCUGAGCGGCAAAGUAAGAGGCAAGAAGCAUCCAUCAGGCAGCGAGUGUGACAACCGAUACCACCCCGAUGACACCCCGGUUGUGGCGCUGUCGACGGGGUGGUUCCACAGCGGAAGCAGGUGCUUCAACAACAUCACCAUACGCGCUAAGGGGAGAAGUGUGGUGGCCAUGGUUGUUGACGAGUGUGAUUCAUCUGUGGGGUGUGAUGCUGAGCAUGAUUACCAGUCUCCGUGCGCCAACAACAUCGUCGUCGCGUCGAGAGCGGUUUGGAAAGCUCUUGGCGUUAGUCGUGAGGAUUGGGGUGGCUUGGAUAUUACAUGGUCUGAUGCUUGA